AUGCAGAAAGAAAAGUUGAUAGAAGAAGUGCGAAAAUAUCCGCUACUAUACGACCUUAGUGAUCCGAAAUAUAGUGACGUACAUAAGAAGGAAAAGGCAUGGAAUGAAAUCGCUAUUGUAUUGUCGCAACCAGCGUCAGAAUGUAAGAAGAUAUGGCAAAACUUAAGGGAAUAUCAUAGAAGAGCCAUUAAAAAGAAAGCAACUAAAAGUGGUCAGAGUACUAAUACUAAUAAAAAAUGGCAAUAUGAAACUGAAAUGUCUUUUUUAUUACCACAUUAUAAAGAACGGUCUACAGUGACGUCAGUGGACAACACAGAUGAUGGUGAUGAUGAAAAUAGCUUAUCUGCUGCGGAAAUUCUUGCCAAUGUGACUAAUAAUGAAGAAUCUCAAGACUCGUCAAUUACCUCGGAGCGUCCUGAAUCUUCGGUGUCUAUGUACGAUUCAUCUAGAUCAGUGUUUCCUGACAUUCCAAAAACGACAAAACGAAAGAAAUUGCAAGAAACAAGUGCAUCGGCGGUUUUAAUGGAAUAUUUAUUAAAAAACAAACACGAUGAAGAUGGAAAGCAGAAUGACGAAAUGGAUAAUUUUUUUUUAAGUAUUUCUAGCACAGUAAAAAAAUUAUCUACCUAUAAUCAAGCACUUUUAAAGUCAAGAAUUUUUAAUUUAGUUUCGGAAGCUGAAAUACAAGAACUGCAAAAUAAUCGAAACUGUUCCUAUGAUGAUUUUUUUGCACCAGGAACUUCUGGCUACACAACUCAAAACCUAAAUGCAGGUACUACCGGUAGUAUCUACACAACUCAAAACCUAAAUGCAGGUACUACCGGUAGUAUCUACACAACUCAAAACCUAAAUGCAGGUACUACCGGUAGUAGCUACACAACUCAAAACCUAAAUGCAGGUACUACCGGUAGUAGCACCGCUAGCACCCAACAGCAAAAUACAACGCCUAUGGAAGAAUCGAGGGUUGAUGGUUCUUCUUAACACAAUUAAAGUAAAAUUGCUUUGCUUUGAUUUAUCCUUUAACUUGAUAUAUAAAUAAAUACAUAUAAAGUAUAAAAAAGUUUCUUAUUGCUUACC